AUAAUUUGAAAACCUUUAUAUUUGCAAAAUAUGGAAGUUUUUAUGUUUUUACUCUUGAGCUAUCCCAAGCAUAUUAAUGUCUUGUUUGAGACAAUCAGUCAUUUAUAGUAGUUAACCUAGAUUUUCUAUUCACUAUUUCUCUUCUCUGUGUUUUAGAAAAUUUUCUCAAUAUUUAAUGGAUUGGGUCAGAUUAAUUUAUAUGCAGAGCCUGUUUUAAAUAAUAAAGAGAAUCGAUAAAAUCUUAAUGAAGUGAAUUGUAUUCUGAAAGAACUUCUGGUGUGUGUUGGUUGAGUGAAUCCUUGUGGAUUUUCAGUUAUUUUCCAUGCUUCUUACAAUAUGUGAAGCAGCAGCAAAGGAUAUGCCGUGUUGUUUCUUUUUGCCUUGUUUUGAUUUUGUAGUAAAUCUUUAAUUAUAAAUUGUCUUGAAUUGGCAUCACUCUGUGUCAUUCUUUUUUAAGAAGCAAGAAGCAGUUGUGAUCUGAAGAAAUAAUAUUUUAAAAUUGAAGUACUGUUUUUUUCAGUCCUAUAAUUGAUGCUGAGAAUUACCAAUAAGCUUACAUCGCUAUAUAGCAAAUAACACAAUAGCAGUCAUCUAAUGCCUUGUAACCAUGGAAAUGGCCUAAAAAUGCAGUCUAAAAGUUUUGAAUAAAUACUUGUACAUAAUGAUACCUACAUUCACAGGAAUGGUGAAUCUCAAAAUCUUUUCUCUUAAAGAAAUUUCCUAAGUAAUGUUUAUCAUUUUUCACCAGAUAAGGAGGCAAAGCAUGUUGAAGACAUGUGGCAGUUUGAGUAACUCAUAUUAAAAGUCUUGGGAAAGAACAGCUGAGCACAUACAUACAUACUGAGUUUUGGACCUCUGCCUGUGGAGCUGGCCUGUUACUCAUCUCACCAGCUAACAGUGCUGUUUCCUUGUUCCCUUGAGCUUCUGACAUUUAUGGCACUAGCUUCUGACACUACUGUUGCUUUCAAGUGUCUGUCAGAUUUAUUGGUUUUAGGGGUGGACUAUUCUUCACACUGGAGCACAGACAAGAAGUUCUGCAGUUUCAGACUGAACUACUAGCCUGCAGCUUGCUGACUUGAAGGCUUUUCUGCUCUGAUUUUUCUUUAUACUGUUUUUGACUGGAGGAUAACAUUGUGUUUAAAAUGGAAGUUGACAUAAACAGAGAGUCUAGAACUACCCUAUCCACUCUCCCUGUGCCUCUUGCAGAGGUGAGUCCUGUGGGCAGGAUGGAAGCAGAGAAGCCCCGCUGUUCCAGUACUCCCUGCUCACCAAUACGACGGAUGGUUGCAGGAUAUCAGAUCCUCCACAUGGAUUCUAACUACCUGGUUGGCUUCACGACUGGAGAGGAGCUGCUAAAAUUAGCCCAGAAGUGUACAGAAAUUGAAAUUGAAGAGAAUAAAGGGGAAUCUGGGUCGAACUUGUGCUCCAAGCAGCUUGAUUCAGGACUUGCACGUUCCUCCCGUUUGUACAAAACUAGAAGUAGGUACUAUCAGCCAUAUGAGAUCCCAGCAGUAAAUGGAAGGAGGAGGAGACGGAUGCCCAGCUCAGGGGAUAAAUGCACUAAGGCUUUACCAUAUGAACCUUACAAGGCACUUCAUGGUCCCCUGCCUGUUUGCCUUUUAAAAGGCAAAAGGGCUCAUUCAAAAUCACUGGACUACCUCAAUUUAGACAAAAUGAGCAUUAAGGAACCUGCUGACACAGAAGUGCUACAAUAUCAGCUCCAGCACCUCACCCUUAGAGGGGACCGUAUGUUUGCAAGAAAUAACACAUGAGCUAUUAUUUUGAACUUAGAACCAAUUUCUGAUUAAUUUUCUGUUGCUGCAAAAAUCCACUAUUGUAAUGUGUACAUGACUGUCUACAUUGUAGGUGGUUGUAUCAGCUAAAUGUUAUCAGAAAGCAAUUUAUUUGAAUAGAAUCUUGACAAUACAAUAUGUUACAAGUACUUGGAGGGAGAAAUCUUUCCUGAGCAAGCAGCUUCUGGUGCAAAUUUGACUGCAACUGAUGAAUAUUUAUUUGGAUACCUUUUAACAAAAACCAAAAGCAUUUGAUUAUUUUGAUAACUUUUUUUUGUACAGUCAGAUCUAGUACUUACAGUAACUGAAAAAUUGGUAAUGUCUGCUUUGUUGUUGAUAAUUUUGGCUUGAUAUUAGAAACUGCUCUUGGAUAAGCACCCAAGUUUAGGAGGUUUCUUUGGUUUCACUAUUUGUUCCUGUAUUCUACAGUAAAAUGUAUGUAUUACCUUUUUUUCUACAUCAUGGGGAGGAAAGUGAUCGUGGCUAAUGUGGAUCACUUGCUAUUUAAACAGUUCAAACAUUUUCAAAUUAUGUUUGCAGUGAUGAUGAGGGUGAGUCACUCAAAACAAACCUUUGCUACUUGAAUCAAAUUAUUUUUUAAUUUUGGCAUGGAAUUAAUUGCUUUGCCUCCUCUGUUCUAUAAAAUUUGUUCAAGAUAAAUAUUUUUGUUAUAAAAACAAAUCCUUUGGGGAGUGAUUUUUUUUUGUUAGUGGGAUUUAUUUUUUACAUUGUCUUGACAUACAAACCAAGGAUUCACUGCAGAUUCCAGUAAGUACACUGGAACGUCUGCAAUGGUAUGUCAGUACUGUUUUUUAUUUUAAUUCAUUAUUUAUAUCAUGUAUAGUAACAGAAGAUGUCAAAUAAUUUCAUCAUUGCUUUAAAAAUUCAGUUCAUACGAAGCAAUGAACUCUUUGAGAUCUGGAAGGCUGAUUUUUUUUCUAGUGGAGUGUGAGUAAAGUAUUUCUGUAUCAGCAUUGAAGAGAUGAUCCUGGAUUAUUUAACAGAGUAGAUUGAAUACACUGGUUUACUUUUGUUACUUAAGAAUUUUUUAUCCGAACAUUGCAUCAAAUACAGUUUUGACAGCUGUGUUCCUAGAUAUAUUUAAAACAUUUUAGUAAGUUACAUUUAAAAAUUAAACUAAUUUUUAGACUUUUUUUAGGUGCAAUCUUUUACUGAAGCAGUGUGCAGCUGGGUUUUUUAUGAUGAUCUCUGCAGAAGUUAAAAAUAAGAUCACAUUGUUUUGAAACAUAAAUUAUUUUAUCAGUUGUUCCUGGUAGAAUUAAGAUUUUUUUGUUUGUUUGUUCAUCAUGCAGAAUGAACAGGAAGCACUAGUUAUUGCAUGUGCUCUGGAAAAUGAAGGAUUCUUCUAAUUUUAUCUUUUACUCCACAGUUGUAAAUGAAGGCAACCCAUUGUCUGCAUUUUGCUGGUUUGGUUAUCUUUUUUUAGGCUUAUUAGAGUCUUUGCAACAAACUGAUACGUAAUUUUGAAAGUUAACUACACCUGUGUAAAUUUAAUGUAUUGAACAAUGAUCCUGAAAGUAAAAUCUUCCUAUAUAGUCUGUAGUUUGAAAAACAGAAUAUGAUCAGAUGGCAAAGAGAUGGGGGGUUUGUUUAAGGAAUAAACACCACUGUUUAUUGAGUUACCCUAUGAAACUGUGUUUCUGGCUGAAAAAUAAAAAGGGUCAUAUAAACAA